UUGGUAACUGAGCAUUAACACAAAGCACCCUCAGACACAAUACACACUAGGCAUUGGUGACUGUCUCUUGGCAACAGCAAAGAGUCUCGGCAACUAAGUGAUAGAGAGGAGGGAGCAAAGCUACAUGUGUGGUGUUCAAGGCUGUGUGUGUUUUAUGAAAAGGAGCCGUACGAUGAGCUGUGUAUGUUUAUAAAUAUUGUAGUGUUCUGCCUGUGUGGGGUGGUAUAGCAAGUUUAUACCCAAACCCACUCCUUUGCUAAAUAUGAGCUCCCCCUCAGGGGUACAGAUGGCUCCACUAGCCAGAAACGUUGUGGUGUACAGAAAUGGGGAUCCAUUUCAUACUGGACGCAAGAUGGUGGUGAAUGAGAAGCAAUUUUUGACCUUUGAGGCCUUCCUGAACGAAGUUACCAGCUGCAUCGAGGCUCCAGUUGCCAUUCGCUCCAUUUACACUCCUCGUAAUGGCCACCGUAUCAGUCAGCUUGGAGACCUGCUAAACAAGGGCCACUAUGUCGCAGGUGGUACAGAGAAGUUUAGAAAGCUUGACUACCAACACACUGAGAUUAAGCAACCUGCUGUCCAGAAAUCCAGAGAUGCAAACCAGGUGUACCCCAAGCUGAACUUCAUAGAGCGAUGGAGAAAAGACACCCAGCUACCCUGUGUCAUUCACGUUUUUCGUAAUGGAGACCUUAUGACUCCUCCCUACCGAGUGCUUCUGUAUCCGAUUAUUCUGAAAGAAUGGGAACUGGUUCUCUCUCUACUGACUCAGAAGGUUAACCUCAACAGCGGUGCAGUGCGGAAGCUCUGCACACUUGAUGGAGUGUCUCUCUCUAAUGGGGCUGAGCUGGUCUCUGGAGAAUAUUAUGUUGCUCUGGGAUCGGAGAAGUACAAGUGCCUUCCUUACCAAGAACUUCUGACGCUAAACGAAGACAAGGGUCAUCUUGGUGCCAGACGCAAGAUUGCCAAAGCUGGGGUCGUAAAAAUUCACUCUGUUUCCCAGGAUGGUUAUAGCGACUCUCCUAUGCGGGAGGAUGGCCGCAGGGUCCAUUCCACUGGUGCAGAAGAAAAAUCGAAAUUCUCUGGUCCCAAACACCCAUCUAAAGGGGAUGAAUCUGUAUUCUAUGCCAAACCAGUGAGAGUUUAUCCAAAACGUAAAGCAAAACCAAACCUGGAAGAUACUACAGGAAGAGAAGGAGUUUUCAAGGUAAAGGAGACUCGGCAAGAGCUGGAAGGAGCACGGGAAGUUAAGGAGGAUGCACAUACCCAUGUGGAGUUACCAGUGGAUCAGAGAGUUGCAGAAGUUGUGCAUGAAGAAUAUAUUGAUAACGAGAGCAGGCAUCCUACAGAGGAUUUGGACUCAAACUACCAAGGAAAAUCCCAUACUCCAAGACACAGGAAAAAAGAGGAUGUUGCAGGAAAAGUCAAGAAAUUCUGAUUAAGUUAAAGGAGAAGGAAAGGUUAACACUAAGUAAGCCUUAUCAGAAAGGUCCACCUAAAUAUACCAGUAAACCCCCAAAGUAAUGUUGCUCUGAGUCCCCUGUCAAAGGAAACAGCACAUU